GCACUCAUAGCGUCUCUGGAUUCAGUUAAGGAGGAAAAGGAAAGGGAGUCAGUCAGCCACAAGCUCAGCCGGCGUGAGGAUGGUGUUCGUGCGAUGUGUUGUGUUGUAUUCUCUUGUGGGAAUGCUGUUGUUGUUCGGUAGAUUUACCGAACAGCUAAGCAUACCUCUCAAGAGGAUGAAAUCACCCCUACACAUGAUGAUGGAAGUUGGGACUGAUUUUGAACAAGUUGAAGAGCUAGAGAGAGCAAUGUGGAACAAGCCACCAAAGCCCAAAUAUAAUGAUUCUGUUGCCUUGUUUAAAUACCUUGAUAAUGAAUUUUAUGGUGAAAUUGGCCUUGGACACCCUGCUCAAAAAGUCAAAAUGAUCUUCGACACAGCUUGGGCAAAUACAUAUGUAGCCUCAGAAAAAUGCUCUUAUUUUAAUAUUGCUUGCAGGCUACACAACAGAUAUGACGCAAAAAAGUCUACAACCUACGUGAAAGAUGGAACGCCUUUUAAUGUUGACUUGGGUUCAAGUAAUCUUACAGGUUUUCUGUCAACUGACAGGUUGAAUAUUGGUCAUCUUGUAGUUGAAAAUCAGACUUUUGCCGAAAUUGUGAAGCUGCCGAUGAUAUACUUAUUUAGUAUUGCAGAUGGGGUAGUGGGACUGGCAUAUGACAGUCUUUCCAUAGAUAAUGUUGUUCCAGUCUUUUACAAUAUAAUGAAACAAAACCUGAUCAAAGCCCCUCCAAUAUUCUCUUUCUAUAUAAACAGAGACAGGACAACAGACAGAGGUGGCAAUCUAAUACUAGGAGCUUCAGAGAAAAAACAUUACAAUGGAAGCUUUACAUAUCUGCCAGUAACAAAGAAGGAGUAUUGGCAGUUCCAUAUGGAUAAAAUAGAUGUUGACCUUGGAACAAAACUGAUUCCAUUUUGUGAAAAUGGUUGUGAAGCACUUAUUGAUACAAGUACCACAACAAUAACUGGUCCAGCAUCGGAAAUUGAAAAAAUUCAUGAAAUAUUGCCAGUGUCACCAUUUGUCCUGGGACGGUAUCGGGUUCCAUGUAACAAGGUGAUCAAACUCCCUGCUAUUCAUUUUGUCCUGCAGGGAAAAAAUUUUACGCUCAAGGGUCCUGAUUAUGUACAAGAGAUUACAAAGUGGGGCUUCACUGUCUGCCUAUCUGCACUGGUUGGAAAUGAAGCAAGUAAUAUUUGGUCACUAGGAGCAUCAUUUAUUGCACAGUAUUACACAGAGUUUGAUAUGAAGAGUGACCGUAUCGGAUUUGCAAAAGCUAAUAUAUAGCAUAAAGGCAAUGAUAAAUUUGCAGUCUCCUAAUUUGUGUUCAUUUCAAUUAUAUCACUGUUUUUCUGGCUGAAACAGGCUGCUGUAUUGUACAGACUGAUUUACUAUUCAUUUGUUUGAUAAUUAUGUGAUUUAUUAUAAAUAAAAAUGCCAUUUUAAAAAAA